AUGGGAAGAAAAUGGGUACGCAUGGUCCGGUUCGGUCGAAAAUUUGGCAUCCGUUUCAGAAAUAGGAUGCGGGUCUUGAAGUUCUAUCGCGGCCGACUAAGGCUCCGUAUGAGAAGACGCUGGCGACUCAUUAAAAGAAAACGAAGAGGAGGAAAACGAGCGAGAAGGAGAAGACGAAAAAGAAAUCGAAGACGAAGGAGAAGAAGAUCUAGAAGAAGACGACGCAGAAGGAGAAGGAGAAGAAGGAGACGAAGAAGACGAAAGAUAAGAAGGCGAAAGAGGAGACGAAGACGAAGAAGGCAAAUAAGAAGGCGACGUCGGUGUGUUCUGCGCUUCAGGUUCCGAGGACUUUGGAGGAGGCUUUAUCCCAGAGAAAGAACGUUCGUUUUCCGUAUGAAGAGAGAAUAUGGACGUGUUAGGUAAGGCGGUUAAACCUAUGGCAGUUUCUAUGGCCUCCUGAAGUUUUCAUGAUUUAUUGUGUUCGACAAAAGAGAACGCAAUUCAUAAUCUUGGGUUUCCUGUGGUUUCUGGGGUGAUUUCUUUUAAGAUUUUUUCGUCGACCGUCUGCUUUCUCUGCGCCAUUUCGAAUGACGUCAUAAGUCGUAUGCGUGAAGAACAUCGCGCACCUUGUGGUUUUUGUAUUAGUCUGAGCAAGUCUGAGCAUUAUGAAGCGGCCAGAAACGUUUUCUAUCUUAGCAACAACGUAAAAACUAUGUGAUUCAGAAUUUAACUUGUGGAUUUUUAUUCUGUGAACAAUCUGAUUAUCAUGAUAAUUUCACGAAACUUUCGACGUUUCCGGCAGUCCGUAGCAUCCUCCACGACUUAGCAACCUUUCUUCGCAGGAUCAGAUUGCCGUUACUAAUGUUGGUUUCCCUUAAUGGUUAAGAACAUAAUAAAUUUUUACCAAUAUACAUUGUCUUUCAUUCACUAAUGAGCCAUUAGGUCUCCCCUAUACUUGAUAAAUUUGACGCCUUUCUCUGUUUCUUUUCAUAUUCCAGGUUAUAUAGAACAAGGUUAAUAGUUUACUACAGGCGAAGAAGACGUGUUCUUACAAGAACAAGAGUCCAAGUUCGAAUCUCCAGAGUCUGGCGUACGCUACGAAAGUAUCGCAAAGGCUUCGCCUUCCGUUACAGAAGAAGAAUGAGGCCUUUAAGAAUCAUACGAGGAUCGGUAUCAUACCGAUAUGGGAGGCGUUGGCGGAAACUUAAAAGAAGAUGGAUGUCCUCCAGGCGAAGGAGAAAGAGGAUUAAACGUAGAAUUAUCAGGAAGCGGCGACGACUUUUGAGACGUCUGCGAAGGCGAAAGAGGAUACGAUACCGACAUAGAAGGAAAGUGUUAAGGCGACGAAGAAAAAGGAGAAGACGAAGGAGACGAAGAAGACGCAGAAGGCGACGAAUUCGACGGAGGAAGAGGAGAAGAAGAAGCCGACGAGUACGAAAAGGACUCCGUCGUCGUUUCAGAAGGGUGAGAGGAAGAAGGAGGAGAACAAAAAGACUUCGAAGAAGGAGAAGGCGAACUAGAAGGAGACAAAGACGACGAAGAAGAAGGCGAAGGCAGCGAAGAAGGAGAAGGCUUAGGAGGAGACGAAGAAAGCGAAGGAGACGUCGCCGACGACAACGCCGCCGUUGUGUAAUGCGUUUCAGGUACAGAAAAAGAUUGAGGAAGGUAUAUCGUAUUGGGAACAGACUGGUAAUUCGCAGAGGGAGAAAGUUCAUAAGAAUCAGGUGAGUAUUUGCCGUACGUAGUAAUUUUAAAGUGAUAUAUGUCCACUGUCAUUUGGAAAAUGAUCGCCGUUCGAGUUAUCAGUACGAUUUACGUGUCUCUUUUCAGACUGAUCGAGUAAAUCGUUAGCUGUUGUAGGAAACUGUUAUGAUUGUUGGUGUCAAAAUUUUCAAGAUUAGCUGGCUGGUAUUGUAAUUCGGUCAUUUUUUACAGCGUAUCGUUAAGGUUCGGUAGCAAAGAGAAAUCAAUCGUGCAGAGCGAGCAAAUUACGUGAGUCAAAAAAGUAAAAUAUGACAGCGAGUAGGACUAGCCAUCCUUCAGUUUGAUAGAAACAGUUCGCAACUGAAGAAUUUAAGGGCCACCUCGAAGAUGAAAACUCUCAGAGAACUGAGUGGCUGCAAAACGAGGAACACAAAGAUUAAUCUGAUAGAGAGAUUAUUCAUGAUUUAGGUGGCUCAGAACAAUUUUUUUUUUUUUUUGUAAGACUAAACUCUUUGAUUGCCUAACGCUAUUAUUGUUUCCUUGAAAAUGGUAUCAAAAGUAUCCCUAAUAACUGCUUAGCAAGUUCAUUUCUCUGCCAAGGUGACAACAUCCCUAGUGUAGGUUCAGAACCACCUUGAUUUUUCAACAAUUAAACAGACUCUGAACCUAUAAGGCAGGAACUUUUAAUAGAUAAAACUUGGCUUGUUGAUUGCUAUUUUGCCAGAAAAAAAAGGAAUGGUGUCUCGGGAUUGGUUUUAAAAGUUACGGCUAAAAAAAGCUGAAUCAAAGGGUGUUUUUCAAGAGGAUGUGUUGUCUUGGUAACUUCUUGUGCUGGGGGGAGGGACUCCCUAAAUUGGCGGUGUUGAUCGGGUAUUAUUAUGAUACUAUAAUAGGCAAAAAGAUAGCGAUUUGAUUGAGACAUUAAACAACCACGGACACCUUUUGAGCCUUCGUAACUGCUUCCUUUACUUUUACGUCAGUUUUUCCCGCCCCUAGAGUUCCGGCUUUGUUCCUUACAUAUCAUUUUUUGCCACAGUUACCACAGGGGAAGACUUACUAUUUAUGGAAAAAGACGACUAACUCUGCGGCGUCCCACUACAAUAGUGCGAGUGAAUGGCAGAUGGCGUAGAUUAGUUACAUAUCGUGGUAGGUGGAUGAUUACCUACAAACGAAGACGGCGAAUAUUUAAGACACGACAUGCACGGUUCUUUAUCAAGUUCAAUAGAACCUACAGGAAAAUUAGCACUUACAGUCUACGACACAGGCGCAGAAGAUUGAGGCGAAUACUGAGAAGAAGAAGACGACGGGUCCGGAGACGAAGAAGGAGUAAAAGGCGCCGGCGAAGAAGGAGAAGGAGGAGGCGCCAGAAACGAAGACGUAGAGGAUUACGACGAAGACGUCGAAGACGAAGACGGGGUUGUGUGAUGCGUAUUCGAUACGGGCGUCGCUGGAGGCCAGUGUAUCGAAAACGUGGUCGCCUAGUAGUGAGAAUAGGAAACAGAGUACGAUAUGUUCGGUGAGUAAUUAUCUUAAGAAAGAAAUCGACUUGUAGAUCAUGUACCUGGUAUGUUCACCUCAACUUUCAAACCAUGUGAGCUAUGUGUACUUGUUAGUUAAGAUCGUAACUCGGUAAAAUUUGAUACGAUCCCUCUGUCUUUUCCUUCUUUUUAGGCCAUCUAUUUUAUAUCUCAUUUUAAACAGUUUUCUUCAAGCCCAUCUUUGCUACUUUAACUCAUUUAGAUCAGUACAAAAUGUUCAGUGAACAAAAAAACAAACUUUAUUUUUUCUUGAGGUCACAAAGAGACGAUUUUAAUGCCAGAGUGUCGAGUAUCCUUAAGGAAAUGCUCUUCCGUUUCGAUUAACAGAUACGUGGGCAAAAGGUUGAUGUUUAAGCGAAAGCGGGGAUGGAAAACAGUACGAAAUGUCCAAGUCUGGUUUAGAAGAUGGCGCCGCGUACGUUUCUUUAAAAAACGCCCAUACCUGCGCUACAAGCGUAAGUACCGUAAGUUGCUUAUCCGUGGAGGAAGGAUCAGGUGGCGAUCCAUAAAGGGAUGGAAAAUAAUCAGACCCAGAUUGAGAGGCCGACGAGGAAAGUUUAAUAGGCGAAGAACAAGACGCAUGACAAGAAGGCGCAGGCGUAGACGCAGACGGCUUAUCCGGCGCAGAAGACGAAGAAUACGGCGACAACGAAGACGGCGUCUCAGAUGUGUCAUUCGAAUUAGAUGGCGACGAAGAUGGAGACCAGUGUAUCGGCGAGGAAAAUUAUUGAGUUUUGUCUAUAAACGACGACGAGUAAUAGUCAGGUAACCAUAUGAUUUUUGAGAGCGAGAUAUGUGGUAUGCUCCAUAGUCAUUAUUAAUGCGUACUUGAAAACUUCACAACAGAAUUUGCCUUUGGGUUGUGUAUUGAAUUUGUUAAAAAAAAUUCAACAUCAUCAUCAUCUUGCAAAGAAUAGCGGGUGAUGAGGAGGAGAGAUAGCUUCAUGAUAAUUCCAAGUUUCUCAAAAGACAAAUAUUGUCUGUUUGAAAAUUGAGUGGUUCUCAUUUCACCAACACGCUUUUUGUUAAGGGGAACCGAAAACCAUGGUUGUAAGUCACAGAUCAACCAAUCCAUGGUGAUGGAGUAGAGUUCGUACUCGCUGUACUCAAUAAGUUGAUAGGGUGAGCGAGAUUCUGUUAAACAGUUAAUAAUGGGUGAUUUCUUGAGAGCUGAAUGAUUUAAAAGAGAGUUUGGAAACGUUUGUUUCUGCCAUUACAAGAAACUUUUCAUGUGCACAGCUUUUUAAAGUAUCUAGAAGCGUUUAAGUUCAGUUUCAUAUAAAACUCAAAAUUGAAAUUUUUGUCAUUCCGAUUGUCAGAUUUUACAGGAGACAGUUCCAAUAUAAAUUUGGACGGCGAUGGCGUACUUUUAGAAACCCGGUGAGAAUUGUUCGAGUUUUUUACAAAACAUGGCGUAGAGUAGUAUUACGAGGAGGAAGAGUCUACCUUCGGGUGGGUCGAAGAAUGAAAAGGUUGAAACUCCGCAAAUGGGGAGUGACAAUACGACGGUUCCGUCGAUGGGUACCCUUACAAAGAUAUAGAAGAGGAAGGAGAGCAAGGCGGAUGCGUAGGAGACGAAGAAGGAGAAGAAGAAGGAGUAGAAGACGAAGAAGAAGGAGGCGAAGACGAAGAAGGCAGAGGCGACGAAGGAGACAAAGGAAACGAAAACGCCGAAGGAGACGAGUCAGGAGGAAUGUUUCACGGAUCAUUGUCCGUUACCGCGGUAAAUCCAUGGUUGUAUACCGAAGACGAAACAGAUUUGUAUUACGAUACAAGCGAAGAAUAAGAUCAGUUAGGUAUGACAUCAAGAUUUCAGUUUCCGUUUCUUAAAACGAGUUUCAGGAAAGUUAAGUACUCUCCAUUAAUUAAAAGCAAGACUAAAAUUGAGUAAACUGAGACAUUCUUGGGAUGUUAUCGACUUAACUCUGAUAAUGAAUAUGUUCCGCUUUAUUUAAUUCAAAGAAAGUCUUAUAUUGAUCUCAAGUCAGCUUCUGCAUUAAAAGCAGAGGCAAGAUUCCUUCAAUUUGUAGUCUAUAUUUUAAGAUAAUUCUGCUUGAUCAAUUGGUUGUGGCCCUUGUAAAUAAACAGUAGUUUUCAUGAGUAAAUGCACUGAUUAUUUGAUAUCUCCUUCGUGGUAUGACCCCUUAUGUUCUGAUUUUUGUACAGAUUCCGUCGUAAGGGCGUGUACUUCUAUUUUGGACGAAAAUGGAGAAGGCUUUAUGGAAAGAUUAUGAUCAGGUUACGUGGAGGGUACAGGAAUGUACGAUUUUACAGAAAAAAAUACUGGGUUGUCAUCCACCGACGGCAGACAAGAAUAGUCUUCAGAAGAGGGAAGGUGCGUUUACGUGUCCGAAACCGCUGGAGAACAGUCGGAAGGCGUAAACGAUAUGGAAAACGACGAGGAGUAAGAAAAUGGAGAAGAAGAAGACGAAGAUUAAUCAGGCGUCGAAAGCGAAGACGAAGAAGGAGAAUACGAAGGAGGCGUAGAAGACGACGACGAUACCGUCGGAAGUUGAAUUACAUACGACGAAAGAAACGGGGCAGCCGAUUGCGCUUCUUUUGGCGGCGUAGGUGGCGUACAGUAAUCCGAUCUCGCGGAAAAUAUACGUUCACGUACGGUGGAAGGCAAAGACCAUUAAGGUAUAAUAAUAUAACAAUAAUACUUAUAUAGCGCCGAUAUCAAGGUAUCUUCAAACAUACUAUCCAAUACAACUACGGAGCCAAUAAGCAUGAAAAACUCAUAUUGUAACGAAGAACAACAAGCAGAUGAAUCGAUCACUUUAUACUGUGAAUGAAUAUGUGAAUGUUCGCCGGGUGACAAUGUUAUUUAACGAGCCCAGUAGUUUCAUAUGUUCGUGUAUCUGAUCAUAGCUGUUUCCUCUUGAUGUUUCUAUCUUACUUAUUCUUUCUGAUACUUUUCUUGCUUGACUAGAUUCCUUCGAGGUUCUAUUUACUUGAGAGGGAAACGAAAGACUUGGCAUAAGGUACUGAGAACCUCCAAACGCCUAAAAGUUCUGGUAAGACGAUGGCGCUAUGUGCGAAGAUACCGAAGACGCUGGAGUAUUACUUACCGAAAGAGGAAAGUAAGAAUUCGACUCCGACGUGGAAGAGUUUGCCUAAGGUUGGGAAGAAGGUGGCGUAAACUUAGAAAACGUCGAGUCCGUGGAAGAAGCUGGGGCAGGCGAGGUAGACGACGCAGAGGAAAAUGGAGGAAGAAAAAGUUGAGGAGAAGGAGGAGAUACAGACGCAAAAGGCGACGACAACGGCGGCGAAGACGAAGAAGGACAAGAAGGCGAAGGAGAAGGAAAGUACGGCGUAGACGAAGACGAAGAAGACAAAUGCGUCGCAGUAGGAUACGAGUUUAUUUCAACGGAAGAUGGAAUUAUGUAAUCAGAAGAAGAAGAGGAUAUAUCGUCAGAUAUAAAAGAACAAUAUACCGAGCCAGGUGACAAUAUUUUGAUUAAUUUAUCAAUUUAGGUUUUUUUUCCGUCAAAUGUGAUUUGGGGUGGUAAACAGCCUUCUUCCUUCUCAUGGUUGAACACCCUUGUACUUUGUGUGUUAGAAAAGGUUCAGGAAAGGUUCACCAUAGAAAUGUUACUUUUCUUUAAUUUUUUUAAUGAUUUCAUAUUGAUUAUUGACAUAAUUUGGGUAAUAUUUUUUUGAUUUCUUUGUUAAAUUAGCUACGCUCAUGUGACUUUUGUACAAUUGCUAUUUUCGCCGGCACCUUUAAGCUUUGUCACUUUUCGAAGGAAUUGUGACUGAGAUGGAUGCUACGAAGACGUGGUAGAGAUGAAAUAUAAACACAAUAAUUAGACGUAGGGAAAUUAAAGGAAGUGGUACCAGAAAAUAUUGUCAUCAACUUUGUCCAAUCCCUUAUCUUUCUUUUUCAUUUCGAUUUUUUACUCCAGGUUCCACCGCCACUCAAUUAGACUUAGCCGCAGAGGGAAGAGAUCAAUUAAUUUGCCGCGCACGCGCAUUCAAGUCAAGAUAAGGUACUGGCGAAAACUCCUUCCGAGGUUCAAGAUUCUUUACAAGAGGAAAACCCAACAUCUCAGAUUCUACAAAAAUGGAUUAAGGAUAGGGCGGCGAUGGUUUUCUUAUCGACGUCCUCGAUUGACUAGGCGAAGAUCAAGGCGUCGACGUGUCAGAAGGAGAAGGCGAAGAAGGUUUAGGAGGCAGAAACGUAGGAGAAGGCUCAGAAGAAGACGAAGGAGGAGAAGAAGGCGGAGAAGACGAAGACGACGAAUGAGGAGAAGGCGGAAGCAGAGACGAUAUGGAACCAGAAGACGGGGUCGACGCCUUAGACGAAGACGUGGUUGUGUACUGAAGAUAAGAUUGUACAGAAGAUGGAGAAAGGUGUACCAACGUAAUGGACGCCUAAUUUUCCGUUUCAUGGGGAGGACUAAAACAAUCAGGUGCUUACACUGUUCUCAGGAUCAUUUAGGAGCUUGAAAAGAGAGAAAAACGUUCUUGUUUCGAUCACUUUGAAAUUUGUGCUAAUAUUUUUUUUCGGGGAAGGAGGUCGUCUAAAUGUAGUCAAAAGUGACUUCCGACAUUUCCUUGCAUUCAAAUAUUGGUCUCAGUGUGUGUGUGUCCAAAAGAACACCAAUAAUACCACCAAUUGCAAUAAUAUCUUUUUUUCUUUGAAAUUUCCUAGGUACUUGAGAGGUCGACUUAUCUUUAGACGGAAAAGAAGACCGACAGCACUACCCCUUAGUAGGCUUAGAGUUUAUGCGUUAGGAAGAUGGAGACGUGUGACCAACAGAAGACGAGGAUUAGCUGUGCGCUACCGUAGAACCUACAGAAAAAUAGAUCUAACACGAACGCCAGUAGCAAUCUGGAGCAAGAAUAGGCGGAUGCCGCUAAGAAGAAGACCAAGGAACCGAUGGAGGGGACGCAGAGUUCGAAAGUAUCGACGUCGAAGGCGAUCGCAUCGGCGACGCCUCAGGAGAAAGAGAAAAUUGAGAAGGAUCAGGAGAAGAAGGAAACGACUUCGUAGACGAAGGAGGUACCGACGAAGACGAAGGAGAAGAAGGAGGACGAGGAGAAAGAGGCGUAGACGACGAAGGCGUAGAAGACAAAAACGAAGGAGAAGACGCAGAGCUAGAAGAAGAAGACGCCGUCGACAAAGGCGACAGCGUUACAGCGUUUUAAGACUGAAAUAUUAUCGCAAGUGGAGAAGCGUUUAUCGCCGGGGAGGAAAAUUAUACUUCCAAUUCAGAGGAAAGUCAAGAAGAAUCAGGUAAAACUAUUGUUCCUCUUAUCGUCAUCUGUUUCUCACACAUGCGUGCUUUGAUUGAAACAUUUCAGCAAUAAAAAAAAAGAAGAAAAAAAGAAAAAGCCCGCAUCUGCUUGGCGAGUUGAGAAAGGGGGACGGAAAGGGAAAUUUCUUCCCUUUUUCAUCGGUUUAACCAUGUGCACCUGUUCAAAAAUGCUAAAUUUUCUUCUUUAAUUUAUUUACUUUUUUGUUGCUAUACUAGCUAGCUUUCGUCAACUUCUGGAUGGGGGCUGUGAAAUCACGCAAAUUAACUUAAAUACCCCUAUUUUCGAAGGAUCAAUAUCCCCCCAGGUUCAGAACUUAGAACUCAAUAGCUAACUUUUGUUUGUACAGCGCUGAUUGAAUCUCCUCUUCCUUUUCAUUUGUCAUUAAGAUGUGGCAGAGGCAGAAUAUUUGUACGUCGUCGUGGGAGGUGGAUACCCACUAGGAGGCGACUCAGAAUCAAGAUAAAUCGUAAAUGGAGAAAAGUUGUAAGAUACAAUCGAGCUUUCCGUGUUCGAUAUGGAAGGCGAAGAUGCCGAGUGAAGAUCCGAAGAGGAAGGGUUAGAGUCAGAAUCCGACGAAAAUGGAGGAGAAUUAUACGGCGAAAGCGAGGAUAUAAAAGAAGGCGACGAAGAAAAGUGAGAAGAAGAGUACGAAGGCGACGCCGAAGAACUAGGAGGCGACGAAGGAGAAUUAAAAGACGAAGACGAAGACGAAACAGAAGGAGGAGACAACGUAGAAGAAGGCUAAGAAGAAAAUACAGAAGAAGAAGAAUGCGAAAUAUGAGAAGACGACUACGAGGAAGAAGGCUGUGGAGAGGAAGAAGACGUAGACCGAGAUCUCGUCGCUUCAAGAUGCGAUUUUUAUAUAAACGUCGCUGGAGAAGAGCGUUCAGACGCAGAGGAUACUUGUGCGUCCGCAUCAGGAGAGGAGUGAGAAAGAUAAGGUACAGUUUUAGAAUUUGACUCCCAAAUGGAUAUCUGUUUUUAAAAAGAUUGAUCGACUGUGACAUGACUAUGACUAAAUUUUGGCAAACAGACGCCCAAUUCUUUAACUUGUCAAGAUAAUGUUAUUCUAUGGCAAAUUUUAUAAAAUCUGCUCGAAAAUACCAUCCUCGUGCUCUGAUGUGAUCAGUUAUCUCAAAAUCAGUUAGCUCAAUAAUGUGAAGCAACUGAUUUUAAAGUAUUUAGCUUUGAUGCCUGUUACAAAAAAUUUAUUUCAUUCACUUAUUUACUUUUGUCAUUUACUCUUUAAAGAAACUUAGCAUGAUGUACGAAAUCCCUUUCGGGCAAUUCCCAUAUUAUUGCGACUUAUAUGCUAGUGAUUUAUAGAGAUAUAAAAAAAAAACUCGCAGCAGACCCUGAGAAAUUUUAUCUUAAUAACUGUACCGAGGCAUAUAUUUUUCCAACUAUGAGCCUCCUUACAUCAUUUGGAUUUGUAGCCGCAAAGAGUAAUGAAAACAAUAUGUUGCGAGAGAGCAGGUUGUCUGUCUGUGUUUUAUGUGGUUUGGUUUCGUAAUGACCCUGGUCAACACGUUUACUGACCAAAAUCCAGAAGAUUAAGGCCUUAAAGGCAGCAAACUCUUGUUUGACCGAAGGGGUACAAGAUCAUAAUGUUGAAACAAGUAAAACAAAACAAUCAUGUCUAUUUGAGUGAGAUUGCCAACCCGGCUAAGUUUUUGGGCCGAUGUUUUGCUGAUACAAUUGGGGAGAUUUCAAUCAUUCUUCCCGGGUCAACACGGGUCUUGACAAGUGUUACCCUGCAAAGUGGUCAAGGAAAGAUGACCCUGCAAGAGGUCAGGGAAAGGUGACCUACAGCGUGACCUCUCAUCCAUUAUAACGCUAACAAACAUUUGACUGUAAAAAGUUUACCCUUCGCGAUUACGCAGUAAGUAACCUGGAUCGCGAUAAGAGGCCUUGAGUGCUGAGGGAUGCCUUGCUUUGUUUUCACGAAUAUCUAGCUUUACGUGUUUUUUCAGAAAUAUUAAAGGAACUUUGAAAGACACCAAUAAAAUUACUCCUGUUAACUUUCUAUACUCUCACGCACAGAUAUCGUGGCGGCCGCUGGAGGAUGUGGCGCAACAGACGAUGGUUUACUCUAUCUGGGAAAAGCCUUCUUAAAAUACGUUAUCACAGGACGUGGAGACGGGUUGUUUACAAACGCCGCAAGCUGGUCGUGCGCAUUGGAAGAAGAUACAGAAAAGUACGGAUCCGCCGCGGACGAUUGAUCAUUAGGUCUACACGUAGAAUAACAAGGCGAAGAAAAGGAUAUACAAGGAGGGGAAAAUGGUCAAGGUUAGGCCGCAAGGGAUUCGCAAAACGCGCAAGAUCUUUGCGACGUCUGAGACGUCUUAGAAGAUUGAGGAAGAGGAGAAGGAGACGGCAAAGGCUAAGGCGAAGAGUGCGCAGACGAAAGAUCAGACGAAGAAAGAGAAGGUACAGGAGAAGGAGGAGACGAGCCAGGAGAAGAAAAAGGCGUAGAAGAAGAAGAAGGCGACGCAGACGGAGGAUCCGAAGACGAAUUAGACGCAGCGUAAUGCGAAUCUAUUACGCUAGGAGAUGGAGGAUGAUUUAUAGAAGGGGAACCAGACUGAUCUUUAGAAUCGGACGAAGACAAUAUUUGGUCAGGUAAACUGAAACUAAUGAUGGAGAGCUAAACCCUUCCACUCCCAAGAGUGACCAGGAAAGAAUUUCUCCCGACGAUGUUAAUGCGGUAUCAAGCAAGGAAGUGACGAGAAUAAAGAACAUUCCAAUUAGGAGAAUAUAAGUUUAUCCAAUACCAAAUUCUCCGAACUAACAUCAAAAGAAUUGUUUGGCAAACAGUGAGAAGAAAUCUUUAGAGUGAAAGGGUCAAAACAGGUGUUAUUAAUUUGGGAAGGAUGAAAACAUGUGCUUCAGAAAGUUUUAAUCACCUCUUCUCAUCCUAAAAUACAUUUUGCUUCUACAUCUCAAUUUAGUAGCACAUAGAAUUUUCCAUCAAGAAUCGUAUUCAAUUUAGACUUAAUCGUUUUUAAUACGAUAUAGAGACACUCCGCUCUAAAAACUGACCGACGUCUUCACCUUAAAUCCUUGCUUCUUUUGCCAUUGGUUUUUCACCAUCAGUGCGACUCAUUAGAUUUCACCAAAACCAAAUAUGAAUUGUUUGUAGCAAAAUAUAUUGCUCAGCGGCUAUGGAUACAAAACUGCCUUGAUAGUACAAAAUGUUUAAAAAACUAUUUUAUUAUCUAAAUUAUUCUGUUUUUAUGAUUGAGAUUUGACUUUGAAUUACCUUCCUAAACUAGUCUUUUAUUGUUUAUUUUAAGAUAUGGAUUUAGAAAGGUGAGCAUAUUCCGCAGUGGACGAUGGUAUCGACUAAGGAGACCAAACAGACGCAUAAGAGUGUUUUACGGGAAUCGCUGGCGAACAGUAAAGAUAAAUAGACAAGGGUUACUCCUAAGAUACGGCAGAAAAGGAUAUCUCAUGCGCUUUACAAGGGGAUUAAUUUCUAUAUAUCGGCGAGGACACUGGAAGCGUAUCAGAAUCCGCCGCCGAAAGGUUUCACGGCGCAGGAGAAGGCUAAGAAGAAGGAGAAGAAGACGACGACGAGUGAGAAGAAGACGAAGGCGAAUCCGACGAACCCGGCGACGAAAGAGGCGACAACGUCGAAGGCGAAGAGUGCGAAGAAGACGAACUAGAAGACGAAGACGAUUGAGAAGGAUUACUAAACGACUAAGGAGGGGUAAGACGAGACGUCGAAAAACUCGUAGAAGCCGAAAACUGUACAGUGUCCUUCGGAUCUAUAUCAAGGGAUGGAGAAAAGCAUAUCGAAUCGGAGGUCGCCUGAGAGUCCGAUACCAUAGAAGAACAAAAGUAAUAAGGUAACCUCUAUUUUUGUACUGGCACUGCAAAUGUCACCGGCAUUUUACUUUCCUAAUUAAGUUGGCUUGCCUUCAAACGUUUUUUUUUUUUUUAAUUAUCUUAUGGACAAAAGCUAAUUAAAUCGUACUCGGUAACCGCAGUAAUGUACAGUCUUUAAGCAAAGUACGGAACACCCGGCCAUACAUGAAUAUUCACUAUCGACAGCCAGCACAAUGCCAAUUUUUUCUGGACAUAGAACUUUGUAUGCGUAGUAACACUGAAGUAGAGAAGGGAAGCGAGAGGUAACAAAGUAAAGGCGGUGGUUCACUUAUAAGAAGAUUGAAGAGCCGCAUUUAUUCAAGUGCCGAAGAUUGAAGAUUAGUGCGCAAAAGGCUUUUUCUUAUUCUUCUAAGCUAUUACUACGCACGUUACAGACUGCUAAAAUUUGACAGUGUUUUGGUUGCGAAAAGAGUUCCCUAUUUAUUCCUAAUUAAGGAAACACUUAGUCUUAAACUUAUAUUGCGGACUUCGAGCUUUGCUAGUAAGAGGUAGUGGUAUCUGAGAGUUAAAACGCUAUUUAAGGCGAGUUUUCAAUGCAGCAAAACAUAACAAAAUAUAAAUCGAGGGAAAGCACGUUUUGAGCAAUUAUGAAAAUAUGGUUUCUGCUCAUGUCCUUUUAGUCUGUCUAAUUCUCGAUGAAAAAGAAAACUGGAUUUGGAUGAGAUUAUGAGUACUAAAAAACACAGAACUAUUCAAAGUUAACAGGAGGAAGCAAUUGCAGUCCGCUCUGCAUGCUUCGCAAUCUCCCAAUAGGAGAAGUGUACUAAAAUCUUUACACAUUUUGUUUCUUCCAAAAUUUAGAAACAAAGCAGAAUAUUCUGUCCAGAUUGGCACAUAUAUUCCUUUGAGCUGUUGAAAAUAGCGGAGAGAUGUUGACAUGUAAUUUUUUUCUUUCCUAUUACAGAUGUAAUCGUGGUUAUCUUUACAUGCGCUCUGGAAGACGAUGGCGUAGAGUUAGAGUACGAGGUAAAGUACAGGUACUUUAUAACAGACGUUGGAGGUACGUGACCACAAUGAGGAGAAGGGGAAGGAGAAUGCUAGCUAUUAGGUACGGUCGUAAAGUAAUGAAGAUCUCUAUCCAUCAUGGUCGAGUAAAGAUGUUCAUUCCAGCACACUUCGAAACUGUUAAACCGAAGCCAAAGCCAAAACCGCGACCAAUACGACGAAAGCGACCACGUUCACGUGGAAAAGGACGUUAUGGGCGUCUAAGAGGGCGCCGAAGACGGCGACGUUGGCGAAAACGACUUCAACGACGACGGCGAAGGCGUAGACGGCGUUACAUACGACGCCGGCGAAAACCUUUGUUCCUUUUCUAUUAUAAAAGACGCUGGCGGUCGAUUAUCAGAUGGCGUGGUCAAUAUAGAUUGCGUUACGGUAAAAGAUGGAUAACCUUCUAGUGAGUAAAAUUUGUUUUUAUUUGGUCCACAGCUUUAAGUUUCUAUUGAAACAGUUGAUCCCCUAAUCGAAUCGCUCAUGAUCCCACCGAAUGACCUAGUUUAGCGGAGAUAACAUGUAGCAACAUAUUCUAACCAGUCCUACAGGCUGGUCCAUAAUGAGAGAAGGAAGCGGACGCUCUCAACAGCAACGGAAAGGAAAUAGGGCGUAAUAUGUGGUGGUGAAAAUUGUCGAAAUAGACUGCUGAAAGUGCAGAUGAGACCGAAUGAAUUGGACAAAAAAGAGUAAGCUACUACCAUAACUUGUCCGUGCACUUGCGAGAAGGAGAGUGAAUACAAAUUGAAUUAUGCGUAGCCACGUUGAAGUUAAAUCAUUGAGAGGAGCAACAUCUUCUCACUCGUCUCACUUGCUCUUCUACGAUGAGAAUGGGGAGACCUAAUGUUCUAAGGCCUAAAGCUCCGAGAGAAGCUGGUCUUUGAUAAUGAAACAAAAUGGGCCAAAUCGGACCUUUAAUAAAGAAAGGAGACCUUGAUAUUGUCCAACAGGCGCUUGUCCUUUAGUUAUGCAAACUUCUGUGGUUGGUAACGAAAAAAAGCCUAGAAAGCAGUGAUGGCUCCUGGCUAGGCGAAAGCCUUUAAUCUUAACUUAGUAAGCCUCAGCCAUAGAUUACGUUCCGUGGCCGUGCGAGAAGGAGAUUUAAUUAAAAUUGGUUUAUCCUUAAAUACCCUCAAGUUAGACGGUUUAGAAUAACAGAUUCAUGUACCAAGAUUAUUUAUUUAUUUGUUUAUAUAUGGGACUCUAAUAAGAGUCAAAAUAGUUUAACAUAGGUCUUUGUACUGAAGAAGCAGUCAUUAAGACGCCUAUACGAUAUUUAUGCCAGUUAUGAUUUACUUAUGGCACGUUCAAUGUCUUUGCACCGUCACUAAGAACCGUACUAACUUUAUAUUUCUUGAACUUUAACAGUUAUCGAACAGGGCGAUACGUUAGAGUUACUUACAAAGGGAGGAGCCGCAUAAUACGUCGCGUCAGUAGGCGUUUCAAGGUACGUCUGGGUAAGCGAUGGAGAUAUCUUAAAGUACGUGGUGGAAGGCUUGUGGUUCGUCGGUUCGGAAGUUACAGGCCAUUCAGGUUAACAGGCGGCCGGAUCCGGCUACGAUACCGCAGAAGAUGGAAAACAGUUAAGAGACAACCGCGAAGCCCGAGGAGACGAAGACGAUGGAGACGUCGACAUCGACGACGACAAAGGCGACGCGUGAGACGGCAACGUCGUAAAUACCGACGACGUAUGCGACGAAUAAGACAGCGCAACAUUUUACGUUUCUAUUAUGGUCGAAAAUGGAUAAGUGUGUUCCGUAGAGGUAGUUCAUUGAGAUGUCGUUUUGGUGGCAGAUGGAAACUUGUACGGUAAGCUCCUCUUACUGCGAACUUAUUACUUGUGGCCUAGACCCAGAGUAGCUGUUCGAACCAAAAACUCGCUUAAAGAACAAGUCAUGGUUAUUUUGCUAGCUGCUACAAUUGCAGUAACUACUGAAUUUAAUUUAGGUAACCGACAUUUGGCAAAAAUCUUUGAGAUUCAGCUUUUAACCAGUGUUCUCGGCUAGAUCACCGACCAUGCCUUUGUUGUGGUUUAGUGAGAAGCAUUUUAUCAUGUUCACAUUGAAUUUAAAGUUUGUCGAGGUUACGACAAACCGCACAGAUAAUAAGAUAAACACCAAGGUGAUUAAGUUAUUUUCUAUUCACUUUUUUUCGUUUUUUGCGCUUGGUUACGACCAUGGGCGCCAUUGUAUUAUUUGCUGUUUCUUCAAAAGGGAAAUACCACUUACAAAGGCAAGAUUUUUAGUCUUAGAUGUUAGAAUAUGUAAAUUACGCUCUCCCUGUAUGGAGGCCCAUCAAUCAACGUUAUUUUUUCAGAUACCGUAAAGGAAGGAUCGGAAUCCGAUAUGGAAGGAGAUGGAGGUGGUUGAGUAGAAGACCACUUAAAUUCCGCUUUGGCCGACGAUGGCGAUCACUGCGAUUUUACCGUGGAAAACCUCGCAUAAGAUUUAGAGGAAAACUGACAAAACUGCGUAUAGCUUACGGUAAAUUGCGCUUACUAAACAAAAGAAGAUGGACGAGACCAAGGACACGUAGAAUGAUACGAAGAAGACGACGAAGACGACGAAGAAGAAGGUUAAGGCGGCGAAAAAGACGAGCGAGACGUCGACGCCGACGAAGGGGACGGGGAAGGCGCCGUAUACGUCGAUGUGUGAUGCGUGUAGGAUUCAGAGGACGAUUCAGGAAGAUUUACAAGCGAAGAGGACGAUUGAUAAUGCGCUGGGGAAGAAGAUUCAAGAGAGUAAGGUGAGGUUAAUUGGACAGCGGGCCGCGAGAAUUACAAGGCUACAAAAAAAGUGGACUUGAUCUAAAACACAGGCACAGCAUUAGGAUAAGACCGGUGAAAGAAAUCAUUAUGAUUGUGAUUUUCUCUGAUAAUUAUGUAAGAUCACUUUCACUGAGACUAGGAAACAGCUGAAGUCACCCGACCACUAUCAAUAAGCUAACUCUUCCCCUUCGAAAAAAAAAGGAUAGCCCUGUCGUAGAGUAAACUGAGAUUUACUUUGUUAAAAGCUAACCCUUUGCAAGCUGUCUCUAAAUAUUCAUGAAUUCACUCACGGAGACAAGCAUGACUAUAUUUGACUCGGAAACAAUGCAAUAAAAUUUGCUAGUUUUUCCCUCGCUUGUUUUCAGAUAGGCUUUACAUAACAAAAAGACAUGAUUAGAUUGAAAAGGUGAAUGAUGGAUUUGUAGGACCAAUGAGAUAAAUAUCAACUGAUAUAAAAUCACGUCUAGAUUAUUUUCGGGAGAGUUAAAACAUAUCUUUUUUUCCAGGUACAAGUCUCGGAAAGGAAAGAUCUCAUUCACGUUCAAAGGAAGACGACGCUAUAUCAAACCUUACAUCCGCAUCAGAAAGCGAUGGUGUCGUAUAAGACGACGCAGAGGCAAGAUCACUGUUCGUGUACGUGGAAGAUACCGUCGAUUCAAGCUAUUACGCGGAACACCUGCAUUUAGGAAAGGUAGGAAAUGGCGAAGAAUCCGUUACAGAGGUAGGAUAUCACGAAGACGCCGUCGCCAGAAGAGACGUAAAUAUCUACGCAAAUUACGAAAAUUACGUCGCUUAAGGCGUUACCGUCGACGAAUGAGGCGAAAAAGGAGACGGAUACGACGAUCCAAGAGACUUAGCAGCUCCUUCAUGAUCUACUAUCGCGGAAAGAGGAGAGUUGUUUUCAGGUGGAAAGGAAGAUUGACGUUCCGCCUUGGAGGAAAGCGAAGAAGAAUCAGGUAAAAAACAAUAAAUCGUCCUUUUACCAUCAGGACAGUUAUACAGUAGGUUACCAUCAGGACAGUUAUACAGUAGGUUACCAUCAGGACAGUUAUACAGUAGGUUACCAUCAGGACAGUUAUACAGUAGGUUACCAUCAGGACAGUUAUACAGUAGGUGUAGUACCGGAACAUUUAAGUACUGCUUUAAAAAAUACGAUAAAAAUGACUUGAAGUAAUAAAGCACAGCAAAGGGGACAAAAAGUGCUAUGUUUCACAUAUGAAAUCGCAUUCUUUUACGGCGACGGAAACAAGUCUUAAGAGUCGCAGUUCAAAUGCUCUUAAUUAAUGAGAGAAAUUCGUUUGAAAGAAUCGCAGCUCCUUGGACCGAUAAGAAUGGAGAUGUCCGUAUUCAGUGUCAGCUACUAAUUCUAAUUUUCCAGACAUUUGGUGGAAUGGCAUCCAACUAAAUGUUUUGUGAGUGGUAUUCCACUGUCAUAACUGACUCUCCGAAAGCCUGAAAUCAAAUACAGAUUAUAGAACAAAAUAUUGAUAACUAUUUCUGAACUCAUCUUUAUAUUUAAUUUAUAGGUCUCCGACGAAGAGCCAUAGCUCAUUUCCUUUUCCCUUUCCAACCACUUCUUUCGAUGUAAAAUCCGUAAUUAAUUGAUGUGUUCGACUCUACCUCAAAUGUGGCUACAUAUUUUAUCUCAUCUCACUUUAGGCUCUCUCGUGGCAAGCUAUAUUACUAUUUCCAACGAGCUUGGAGACAUGUUCCGAUGAAGAGGUAUCGACUCUACGUGUUUAGGAGAAGGAUGUGGCGACGAAUUGUUAUCCAGCGAGGAAAACUUAAGGCUCGCUUUGGUAAACGGUACAGACCAAUCUUAGUCAACAAUAAGGGUACCUAUAUGUAUCUAAGGAGACGCUGGUUACUUCUAAAACGGCGAAGACGUGUGAAGCCCAGAAGAAGGCCUUGGAGACGCUACAGAAGAAGAAGACGCUACAUUGUGAUGCGUGUAAAUGUUGGAGGACGUUGGAGAUCAGUUUACCAAAGAAGAGGAAAGUUCUUCUUCCGUUAUCGACGAAAGAAUUGUAGCCUAAGGUAAAAGAAGAUAUAUAUAUAUAUAUAUAAUGAUUUUAUUUACGAAAGGCUUUGGCUUAGGUACCACUAUGUACCACCUAAAUUAUCUUGGACAAACUAAGAUAUGUGGAAGAAACUACAUUACCUAGUGUUGUGCUUCCAACGCUGACAGCUACGAAUCGGAGUAACUCCUUUCGACCUACUUUUACUCGCUUACAACUGCAUAUUGUUGGUUUUUGUAUUCUUAUCAGAUUUGUGCGUGGUUCAGUCUCAUACUACUUUGGUCGAAGAUGGUAUCGAAUCAGUUCUACCACAAGGAUAAGAAUCCGUGUUAAAGGACGGUUCAGAAGAGUAAAGAGAGUGAGAAGAAAUAUCAGUGUCCUUUACCGAGGCAAAACCUCGCCAAUUCGUUUCAUAUACGGCAAAAUACAAUUUUACUACAAGAGGAUGUGGCGGCGUAUUUCCACUAUCCGUGGCAGGCGAGCAAGGAGACGUCAACGGCAAAGAAAUGUCAGAGGGUAUUGGAGACGAUUUAGGCGUAGAAGACGAAGGCGUCGACGUCGAUACGGAAAGCGCAAUGGCAGAAUCUUUUUCAGAUGGGGUAGAAAAUUCUACCUCGUUCGAAGUAAGAAAGGACGGCUCAGCUUCCGUGUCGGCACAAAGUACUAUUUCCUGAGGUAGGAGGGCCUCUUGUAACAGUAAUUGUUAACACAAUCCGAGAACCAUAAACUUAUUUAUCCCAACAAUAUCAUGAUUAUUUUUUAUCAACACCUAUGUGAGCAUGAAAAAGGUACUACUUUAUAUUUGAUCUAUUCGCCUCUGAAAAUAAGCAAGGUGCUUUGCUCAAACUUUCGCAAUAAUUGUAAAUUAUUCGUAUGGGAUAACGGAAACAGUGCGUGGUAAUUUUCUUCUACAAAACGUCUUCAUUCACAAUGCUUCAUUUUUGCAAAUAUCCUUUUUCAAGGUUGCGCUAAUACACUAUUUUACGUUAGACAUGUAAAUUUUAUUACAGCUUACCAAUUAAAAAUGAGUGCAAUGCCAUUUAUGCUCUCACUGCUAAAAUGUGAUUCUGCUCAUCAUCUCAUGGAAGAGGGUCGGGCAAAACUCAACGUGUUCGAGGAUUCCAUGGCGCGCAAACAUUGUUCUAGAGGUCACAUUUCCAGAGGCUACCUUUUCUAAACAAGUCUCUAAAAUUACAAUUUUCCUGCUGUUCACAGAAUCCGAAACAAAAGAGGUAUCUUGUUACGCUCCGGCAGAAAAGCUUGGAGGCUGGUUAGACGACCUCUUAGACGCUUAAAGAUGUAUAUCCGUGGCAAAUUACGCUGGAUUUAUCCACGCAAAGGACGUUUGAUGGUCUACUAUAGGCGAAGAGGACGACUAGUGCGAUUCCGAAGCGGACGGCCAUUUGUCUGGUUCCAUCGCAGAUGGAGAGGCCUUAGAUUAAGAUCCAACUACGCGAAAAUGAGACUCAAGAUUGGAGGCGUUUCAAGGAUCAUCCACAGAACAAAAGGCCGGUGGACUGUACGUUACAAAGGCAAACUCAGAAGGAUCUUACUGCGAGGACGACGAUUUGGAAUCUUUAUCGGAGGAAGAUGGAAAUAUGUGCCUGCAAGGGGAGGAGCCUUGCAGAUACGUUAUGGGGGAAUGUGGCGACGAGUGAGGAACUGCUGCAACAAACUGAAAGCUGUGUUACGUGGCCGUCUUCGACGAAUCCGACUUCGGUACGGAAAAGCCAAAAUGCGAGGGAAGAAAGGCUGGAGUAGGUUAUUGCGCCAAGGGUUUCGCAAAUUUCGCCUCAAACGACUGAAAGGUACGUUGUAGCACGCGCAAUCCUGGGUGGUUCGAAGCUCACGAAAUUGAUUUCCUGAAGUGUCUUAUGUAAAUUGGGUCCAUAUCUGACACUCUCCUUCACUAUUACAGUAGUAAAAGAGAACAGAAUCUCUCCUUUACCACUACAAUUAUAAAGAAAACUAUAAAUAUAGACCUUGAUGAGAAAUAAGACCAAGCUUCAAAGGGUAUGGGGAGAUUUAAGCUGAAAAGUGAUUUGUUGAUACAUGUUAUGGAUACUGAAAUAAGUUUAAAAAAGACACUAUAAACCAGAAUUUAUAAUUGAUCACACGAUUGCACCUCCCAGGGAGACUAAAAGGAAAACAUUUAUUAAGAUGUCAUGAAUACUGAUUUGAUACGCUGUUUGUUAUCAAUAUCUAGACCAACCUGUUGCACAGACUACCAUAAAAGAAAGCGACGAACCACAAGAAUCUAACACCAUCGACCCCAGCCCAACCACAAAUAAGACUCCAGGAUCGCAAGUUUACGACUCACCACCCACAGCCGCUGACCAAGAAGUACCACCUCAAUCAAUUACCGAUGAGAUCAGCCGGGAGACAGGGUCGACUAUGAACGUGAAUGACUACCUGUGAGAAGACCAAACGGAACACAGGAAACGGAACCGGACAUCGAAAAGGGACAGCUUUAACAUCUAUUUAACCAACUAACAUUCUUUUAUUUUUUUUUUUACUUAUGGCAGUUAGCAAGAUUAACCAAAGACAUGUAUUUUAAAAUUCAUGGUCGAACAUUAUCACACCUUGUUUGACGUACUUUCAAAGCACGUGUUGCACUGCCGAUAUACUUAUAACCUACUUAUCCUACUAACAAGUUCCGUUGUUUUCAAAGUUGUUCCUUUGUAUAACCAAUAAAGG